AUGGCACAUCGCGGACCGUUUCCGCACUUUGGUCUUUUGGAGGGACUUGAGGUCGUUAUUUACGUGGCCUUGCGGGGUGUACUGACGGGGCAGGAGUUUGCUCGAUGGCCAGUAGCGGGAGUGGGGAUGAUGGAUCCGCCACCAGUAUCAACAAGAGCGGACAGACGGAGGGCUAGGAGGGCCGGGCGCCCGUAUUCGACACCCCCGGCCUUAGGACCGCCACCACCACCACCGUCACCGACUAGCCCAGCUUCGCAACCAUCCCUUGAUGCUAGACUGCAGGAUAUGUAUGGAAUUUCGCCCCCGGCCUCUCCUGGACCUUCUGUUACCCUGCCAACAUCACCACCAAAUCCACCAGUAUCGCCACCCAGAAGCCCGUCGCCCCCACCGCCCAUCAUUAAUGAUGUUUUGCCAAUCUGGGGAACCCCUGUGGGAACAGAGACCAUACAAAGAUGUUCGGUUUGCUGGGCUGAGGACAUGCACCAGAAUGCUUGUCAGCAGAGAGAUGAAUUGCCCCAUAUGCCGCUAUGGAGGCACGAACCCCCCCACAGGAGGUGCAAGAAGGAGGAGGAGAGGAAGAAGACAGGAGUGAGGGAAUGCCAGUAA